AGUAUAUAAAGAGAUUUUAGUAAUUUCUCUGUUUACUAGCAGGUAUAUUUUGCACAAAAUAAUGAGCUCUUUGAAGAUUAUUAGUGUUCUCCUAUUUGCUAGCUGCGUUUUUGCAGCUCCAUACUUCAAAGAAUGUCCAAACCCAGCCGAGUACAACGCUUGUCGGAAAGCGAGUCUCCAAGGCUUCUUCAAAGAUUUCAGCUCUGGAGACAAUGAUAAGGAUAUCAAACCCAUGGACCCAAUGAUUCUUGGCGAAGUCGAUGUUCCUGAAGAGUCAUUGGAUAUAAUGUUUCAUUACAAAAAUUUCAAAGUAACCGGCCUCAAAGAUGUAGUUGUUACUGAAUUUUCCAAACAUAAAGACGAAAACGUAGCCCACUUUUCUCUUAAAUUUGACUAUGUCGCUGACGGGCCACUAGAUGUUGAGUUUCUUAAGAAAGACAAGAUUCUGAGUGGUUCCGUACACUAUGAAGCAGGUGUUACUGCGACUGUGUCUUACCCAUUCUCGAAGAUUGAAAACGGCAAAUACGCACCUAAAACAGGAAAAGAGACUGUAACUUGCGAAUCAACUCAUGUCACGUCGACGAUCAACGACGAACUGAGAAAUUCUUUGGAACACGAUCCAGUUGGCUCAGCUGUUAAGGAUGAAUAUACUAAGAUCCAUCAUGAACAUCAAGCGAAAGUUGUGUGUGCAACAGCAAAGGCUAUUUUCAAAGUUAUCCUUGAAAAUAUUUACACUUUGGUACAUAUUGAUGAAUGAGAUGUUUAGUUAAAAUAAAAAAUGUAUAAUAUU